AGCAAAUUUGCUGAAAUGAGUGACAUUGAUUUGGCAACAGCAAGAUUGUUGAUGUUGAAAAAAAAAAUGGCGGCGGCAGCAGCAGUGUUGAAAUCGCGGGACGUCUUGUCUCAUCCUGAGAAAUUAAAUGCUACUAUUGUUAAAGAAUUUGUAUUACCUAAAGACGUUAAACCAGAUGAAGAGGUCAUUCGAGUCAAAGAGCAGAAUCUCUUGGAGCUUGCUAAAGCACUUGCAGAAUCUGGUAAAGCUAAAGAAUUGGCCACCCUAAUCAAAUUAACAAGACCAUUUCUGGGCUUGGUCAGUAAAGCAAAAGCCACAAAACUUGUCAGAGCUUUAGUUGAUAUGUUCCUUGACAUGGAAGCCUCUACUGGCUUAGAAGUUGAAAUGUGUCUUGAGUGCAUUGAAUGGGCUAAAGAAGAGAAAAGAAAUUAUUUAAGACAAGCCUUGCAGGCUAGACUUAUUUCACUAUAUUAUGAUGUUGGAAAGUUUACUGAAGCUCUUAGCCUUGGAAGUGAACUCUUAAAGGAGCUGAAGAAAUUAGAUGAUAAAAAUCUUCUUGUAGAAGUUCAGUUAUUGGAAAGCAAAGUGUAUCAUUCUCUGAGUAAUUUUCCUAGAGCAAGAGCUGCACUGACCACAGCUAGGACAACAGCAAAUGGAAUAUAUUGCCCUCCAAAACUUCAGGCUGCUUUAGAUCUACAAUCAGGAAUUUUGCAUGCAGCUGAUGAGAAAGAUUUCAAGACUGCUUUCUCAUAUUUUUAUGAAGCAUUUGAGGGCUAUGAAUCAGUGGAUGAUCCAAAAGCUAUUGUUGCUUUGAAGUAUAUGUUAUUAUCAAAGAUAAUGCUUGGAGACCCAGGUGAUGUUCUAUCAAUUACUAUGGGAAAACUAGCUUUGAAGUAUGCAGGAAUUGAUGUUGAUGCAAUGAAAGCAGUUGCAGCUGCUAGCUCAAAACGAUCUUUAGCAGACUUCCAAGAGUCACUACAGAAAUAUAAAGCACAGUUAGUUGAAGAUCCAAUAAUCCGUGCUCACUUAGAUGCAUUAUAUGAUACAAUGUUGGAAAAGAAUUUAUGUAGGAUCAUUGAACCAUAUUCUAAAGUUCAGCUGCAGCAUGUUGCCAAAGUUAUUGGCUUGCCAUUACCGACUGUAGAAAAGAAGAUGUCACAGAUGAUUUUAGAUAAGAAAUUAAAUGGUAUUCUUGAUCAAGGUCAAGGUAUACUUAUAAUUUUUGAGGCAUCUGAUAGCGAUAAAACAUACGAAGCAGCCCUUGAAACUAUUCAUUGUCUUGAAAAAGUUGUGGAUUCUAUUUAUCGGAAAGCAAAAAAACUAACAUAAUUUUUUUUUUCUGUUCAUAAACAUUGUUUUUUAAUAAAAUAUAUUUAUUAAAGUUUUGUAAAUAACAGCAUUCAUGAAAUAAAGCAUUACAUAUUUCUGAGAA